GGGAGAGCUCGGCGAUUGGCCAGCCCCGGUGCCAAUCAUCGCGCCGUAAGAAGCUGUCGCCGUUUCCCGUGUUUACGGUGCGGGCGGCGGCAUCGCUCGAUUCCCCCACCUCAGGACUUCACGAUGAGAAUGAUUGAGAGCGUUGACUCCGUGGUUACCAGGUCCAGCGAAGACCUCUGGGCUGAAAUCUGCUCGUGCCUGCCACAUCCUGACCAGAAAGAUGCUAGCGAUGCUUUUACAGACUCCUUCAUGGAUUCCUACACCGAUGGAGGAAGCCAGGGCAGUGGGACAGAUGGCUCUUCCCAAGCAGAUCUGAAGCCCUGGGCACCCCUGAAUGAUUCGGAGGUGUAUUUAGCAUCCCUAGAGAGAAGACUCAUGAGAAUUAAAGGCUUGUCUCGGGAGGUGACCUCCAAGGAUAUGCUGCGCACUCUCGCCCAGGCUAAGAAGGAAUGUUGGGACAGGUUCCUGCAGGAGAAGUUUGAGUCUGAAUUUUAUGUUGAGGGACACGACUCUGAUGAAAGCACACUAGAACAUCUGAAGCGCUGGCUGCAGCCUGAUAAAGUGGCGAUCAGUACCGAGGAGGUGCAGUACCUCAUCCCGCCGGAGUCUCAGCCAGAGAAGCAGGAGACGGAGGGAGACCCUCCAGCCGCCGAGCAGUGAGUCCACUGUGGUGUUUUCUGUUGAUCUUCCCUGUUUAAGCCUGAGCUGGCCCUGAGCUGUGCCUGGAGGAAGACAGAUAUUUUUCACCUACAUGAAUUUGGAACCCUGCAGGAAGCUAUCACUGUGAUGGUUAAAUUGAUGGUAUCAUUGACAUUGUAACUAUUUAACAUUCCUCUCUGAUGUACCCUCCUACAAUGUCCCCCUUUAUUGACCAAACUAGGUGUUAUAGAAUAGGCUGGAGGGGGAGUAUUUUUAUUCUUGUUGGUGAUUUGGUACCUGUUCUUUAUCUCCUUCAGCCUUUCCAAAAGAGGGUCAGGUGAGAUUCUGUAUCGGGAAUCCCAGAGCAAUAACCAGGGAGGCUACAAACAACUUGUUUUCAUCACAGACUUGCAUACAAUUCUCUGACUUGAAAUAUUAUGUUCUAGUAUUUGUUUGUCAUCCUGUUUAACUCUGCAGAAGGUUAUUUCCCAUGACUAAUCAAAGAAUCCCUAACCGUGUACUUGAAUGGGUGCUUUCUGUCUUGGCAUUGACAUGGAAGGUCGGUAGAGGGAAGCAGCUUACAUAUUCUGUGGGAUACAGCUCCUCAAGACAGAACAUGCAGGGGUGGUUCUGAUCAUCUGUGCACACUAGUCAUGCCAUGUUCAUCAUGUAUCUGCACCAAAAGACAUUUUUAAAAGUAGCUUCUUGAUAGAGCUUCCUUGUUUCCUGUCAGUGCAGUUAUAAAUGGUGCUGUUAUCUCAUUUGCCGA